UAUGUCUUGAUUAUAGGUGCGGGUCGCUGGCGUAAUAGGCUCAGUUUGUUUGGGAACUACAGUGUACGGAUGGUCUGUGUGUAUUAACGUUAGUUGCGUGUUCCGUUUAGUGCGUAAGGAAAAGUUGUAAGUAAGUUAUCUUGACCGAAACCACAGCCCCGUCUUUUAACGUCGAAGAGCGGCCCCGGUCGGUGCGGCGAUGGAGGAUAAGAAGGAGGAGGGCGAAGCAGAGAUCCAGGAGCACGGCCCCGAGCACUGGUUCUCGAAAUGGGAGCGGCAGUGCCUGGCCGAGGCCGAGCAGGAGGAGACCAGCGAGGAGGAGGCCGAUCAGGGCCGCCAGAAACUGUGGCACCUCUUUCAGAACUCGGCGACGGCGGUGGCACAGCUCUAUAAAGACCGAGUGUGCCAGCAGCAGCAGGGAUUGUCCCUUUGGGUCCCCUUUCAGAACGCGGCCACAGCGGUCACCAACCUGUACAAAGAAAGCAUGGAGGCGCAUCAGAGGAGUUACGACCUGGGCAUCCAGAUCGGCUAUCAGCGGCGUAAUAAGGACGUUUUGGCCUGGGUCAAGAAGCGCAGGAGGACAAUUCGCAGGGAGGACUUGAUCAGCUUCCUGUGUGGCAAAGUGCCUCCGCCACGGACUUCCAGAGCCCCCCCAAGACUGACCGUGGUGUCUCCCAGCCGCUCGCCGUCCUCUGAAACGAGCUCAUCCGUAGAGACUGAUUUACAGCCCUUCCGAGAAGCCAUAGCGUUGCACGGUUUGAGCGGAGCAAUGGCGAGCAUAAGCGUGCGGUCCAGCACUCCGGGGUCUCCCACGCACAUCAGCAGCAGCUCCAACACGGGCCGCAGGAGAAAUGGACUUCAUGACGUGGACUUGAACACUUUCAUAUCGGAGGAAAUGGCGCUCCAUUUGGACAACGGUGGCACUAGGAAGCGGACCUCUGCUCAGUGUGGAGAUGUCAUCACAGACUCGCCAACCCAUAAACGCAACCGGAUGAUCUGAGAGGACAACUAUAAUGCACUGUGCUGCUUAAAAUGAAAAUAAAAAAGCCACUUAAUCCUCAGCACCUCCUUCAUUCCCCUCUUGCCCGACUUUUAGAGGAAAGGCCUCUUGAAAUAACGCCAUUUUUUCAGAGUAGCAAUCUCAAUAUUGACUGUGAUGAGUUGGACCAUGCCACUUUUUUUUUUGCCCCUCACCCCCCCCAUGUUACCCAUCAAGAACGAUCAUUAGUACAUAGCAAGAUUGUGACAGGUGAACUCCCCCCCCCCCCCCUCCCCCUUAAGAUGAAGUUACCCAUGCGGUGUUGAAGGGUUUGUAGUUGCUUCCAUUUCUUUUCCCUUGUUCCUGCAGCGACAGUUCAGCCAUUUGGUUCCGCAUGUCAUUCUGUUUCCACGUUUGCAGCUUUCCACAUUAAGUGAUGUUUUGCAGCACGUUACCUAUAUCUUGGCUCUAGUACCCCCAAGAUGCCACCUUUGUGGAGCAUUGUGAGAAUUUUUCCAAAUUGUGAUUUUUUUUUUUUUUUUUUUUUUUUUUUUUUUUUUUUGUUUAAUUUUAAAGCUAGUCGAUUGUCCGUUCUGACCGUGGGACAUCGUGAAAGGUACUAUGGUGACUGUGCACUCAGAACCCAGUAUAUCCAGUAAAAAAAAGCUUCAUUGGACUCUUAGUUCUCCAAAGUAACAAUAUUAGGUGUUCUCCCCCAUGAGUAAUCUAGAAGACCUUAAUUUUUAAUCAGUGGACAAUAUCUAAUGUAUAUACGUUACGGCGUUGGUAUACGUGGUACACAUUGUAAAACAGACCAUUGCAUAGACAUUAAUGUACAAUAACAAUUGUUGCAUUAAAGAAACAAAGCCUUUUGGUUGUCUUCAGGCAUCCUUUAAAGUGGCUCAGCAGUGGUUGCUGACUUUGCGCGGCGGCUCUCCACACCAACUCUGUCUUCCUACAGAUCGGUGUUGCCACUCAGGAAACGCGUGCAUAUACACACUUAAUUUGCUUUUUUUUUUUUUGUUUGUUUUUUGUUUUUUAAAAAUGUAACACGUCACCAGUCUUUCAGGGUCAUUGAUUAUACACUUACACAUGACAACUAUUAUCAGAAUGUAUCCUCUUCAGAGUCAGUUGUGUGUAUUUGCAAUGCUUAAAGUGAAUUAAGAUGGCUCACUUGGUUUUGAACCGCAAUGUUAAGCCGCUCUUCUCCCUGGAAGGGGACUUGUAGGCAAUGGCCCGGAUCUUGAUACUUGACGUUGAAUUCCUCGUGAAUAAACUAUGGAAAAUUUAGCAAAUGAAUGCAUAAUAUUUUGAUGUAAAUUCUCCCACUGACAAAUGUAAUAGGGUAAGUUAUUUGACCUCAUAAAAACAUGCAAAGUAAAUCUGUGCAAGAAUCAA